AUGUCACUUGCGUUCAGCUACGUGAUCUAUGCUCGCCCUAACCCCAGACAAGUGCUUCAACAAGGCUUCAAGGUGGAUCAAGGUGUCCUUUCGGAUCGCUCAACCUUUGAUACCCCAGAAGAGAAUUUCAACAAGAAGGCAUCAAGGUGGACUAAUGUUGGAAUUCCCGAACCUGCAAUUUCAUCGCCAAACUCUUCAACGCCGCAUGGAUAUCUCGAAACAAAUGAAUCUGGUCACAAUCUCUUCCCCCGGCGCGAUGCAUUUGUCACCCCCACGAAACAGGCUCACAAUAACCCCAGACAAGUGCUUCAACAAGAAGGCAUCAAGGUGGAUCAAGGUGUCCUUUCAAAUCGCUCAACCUUUUAUACCCCAGAAGAGAAUUUCAACAAGAAGGCAUCAAGACGGAACCUGACGGAACGACCAGGCGAAACUGAAGGCAAUUUGCGCGUAAAACUCAAAGGACUGUUGGUGAAGCUCCAGAAUUGA